GAUCCUAUGUGGGACUCUACUGUGUUUGUGAUUUCUUCAUAAACAAAAGGCUGCAAAAGGUGCCAGUCGUCCCAAUCGCAAGGCUGCAACAAAAGUGAGUUUACGAAACGCUUUUCCCCAAAAUGGACACAAUAGAAUCGCAGCUGAUGGUGCGAAACAAGUGUGAACAGUUGCAGCAAUCGAUUAAAGAGCUGUACGCGUGGCAGGAUCAGAUGAAAGCAGCAACUUCUGCUAAAGCUCCGCCAGUGGAUAAUAGUGAGGCCAAAACAUUACCACCCGUACGGAGCGAUGUAAAGGCGAUGAGCAAAUUUGCCGAGGACCAUACCACUGCAGAGAAGCAGGAUCAGGCCGAGAGUGAAACCGUGAACAAAAAAGUGCUGGCCGAUGCGGAGAUGCUCAAGGAAAGAGGCAACAAGCAGUGCAAGCUCGGAAACUACCAGGAAGCAAUUGAACUGUACAGUCAAGCCAUAGAAACGUACGGCGAAAACGCUGCCUACUACAGCAACCGUGCCCUGUGUUACAUGAACUUGGAUCUGUUUGACGAUUGUCUAGCGGACUGUAGUACGGCACUCGAGAAAGAUCCCAAGUACUUAAAGGCGUACUAUCGUCGAAUGCAAGCGUUCGAACGGCUGGGCGAGAACGAAAAGGCUGCAACCGAAUGUCGACAAAUAUUGCGCCUGUCGCAGGAUGAAGCGGAAUUAAACGCGGCCAAGCGUGAUUUGGCCCGCAUUGAGAAGCGCAUCGAAAGCUCCCCGAAACCAGUUUCUUCACCGGGUAAGGCAACGACGCCCGCAAUGGAUGCUACGCUGGCACUGGUGAAGCAAGAAGCCGACAAAUACAAGGAACUCGGCAACAAACAUCUCGCCCGGAAGGAUUUCGAAAAGGCCGAACGCAGCUACACAAAAGCAAUUACGCUGUUUAGCGAGGAAGCCAUCUACUACACGAAUCGCAGCCUUUGCUAUUGGAAUCUGAAAGAUUACGACAAAUGUUUGGCCGAUUGUAAUAAGGCGAUCCAGCUAGAUGAAACCUACUUCCGGCCGUACUACCGUCGGAUGCAGGUGCGUGAACUGCGCGGUGCAUACCAGAGCGCGGUCGAAGACUGCCGCAAGUUUAUCGAACUUACCAAGGACGAGAAACAGAAAGCGACCGCCGAAAAGGAUCUGCAACGGCUGGAGCGACUGGUCAAAAGCGAGCAGCCCGCCAAACAGGCGUUCGUUUGGAGUGAAAUUAAGAAAAAUGCCAAACUGAUCAAGUUCGUGCAGAAGCCACCGCAUCUACGCUCAAAAAAGCCGCUCACACGGAUCGCCAUCAAGGACCUGACGCCGUGCCCGCUGGUGUUACCCAACAGACAGCAGCUUCCUCCAGCGGCAAAGCGCAAAAACAUUCCCGAUGCAGUUAUCGAUAAAAUAUUCAACAACAACACGGGCGAACAGUUGAUCGAGCCGAAGGAAACGACCAACCUCGAACAUCUGUUCCCGGCGCACUCGAACAAACUGCGCAACCUCUUUUCACCGCCUACUACGCCGACCGAGCAAAGGAAACCACCAUUCACGGCACCACCAAACAAAGCAACCGCCGCAACGGUAUCGAAGCAGGGGACGACGACGACAACAACAAGCAAAUCCGAAGCGAAGGAACAUAUUAAGUCGGCGGAAGCAGUCAAACCGGUGGUGCUACCAUCACCACCAACACAGGAUAAGAAAGUGAAAGAUAAAAGUAAUCACGGCAGCCAGGAUACAUGCGAACCACAUCCCAGCCCGUCAACAACUGCCCCUGUGACAGCGGCACCGUCGUCCUCCUUGGAACCACCAACCACUGUUCCCGAUCUUCCAACGUCAAUGCCUCAAUUUUACACCACCUGGAGUGGAUUGACACAAGAUUUAAGAUACAAGUAUUUAAAGGUGGUUAGCGAGAAAACUUCUAUACUGAGAUUACUCGGCGCCGGUCUAUCGAACGAAAUUCUCAGUGAAAUGCUGCAAAUCCUCCGGACACAGUUCAUUCCCAACCAGGACUCGGUGACGAGCGUUUUGAAGGACCUGGUGGCAAACGAAUCGAUCGACAUACUGUCGCUAAUGAUGAACGAAAAGGAUCGCGAAGCUGUGAAAGAAUUGCUCAAAUAUAUGGAAGCUAAUGAAGUAAAGCAGGCAGAUCUGCAGACCAUUCGACGUAAACUCGGGUGUGAUGAGCGCUAAUCCUCAGCAACAGCACCGCCUCUUCUUUACAUAUUAGUGCACUACUCCCUCUACCCUGUGGUAUUCAGCGUAAUUGCAACACGUUAAGAAAGAUCUUUUCUAAUAAUUAACCCCACGUGCACCAAUAUCAGUAGCAGUAGUAGUAGUUGGCAAGUUGCUGCAUUACUUGAAUAAAAUGGUUUGAGUGCUACUAUUGCAGGUUA